AAAAACAGUUGCAGUCUCACGCAAUUUAAUAAAUUCCAAAGCCUUUAUCAAUAAUCCCUGUUUGACCACGUCCUGUCGUUAAUCGACCUUACAAAAUUGUCAAAGUUGUCAAAAUUCAGCAAUGAUUUUCAAAUAAAAGUCAUAAAAGUAUAUAGUUUAGGACCAUGCGAAUCAUUUGAUAUAAAUGGAGGAAGGAUCAGACACUCUGGAUUUGUCACACAAAAAGCUCAAGAAACUCAACAAAUGUACCCCUCAAGAGACUCAUGCCGUGACCACGUUAAUACUAGAUGAUAACGAACUUCAGCGUCUUGACAACAUCGAUUCGUUUCUCAGAUUGCAGAAGCUUUCUGCAGUCCGGAAUCAACUCUUACGUAUGUAUGGAGUAUGCAGACUCCACUCGUUACAUACUCUAAAUCUUGCUCACAACGGAAUACUCACUAUAGAAGGCUUGAAGGAGUUGGUUAACUUGAAGUGGCUUUGCUUGGCAGGGAAUAGCAUAAAGACUAUUGAGCAUUUAAAUACUAACAUAAAUUUAGAGCAUUUAGAUUUAUCGGAGAAUAAUAUCACGCACGUGAGCGACUUGUCGUUCUUGAAAAAUCUCAAGGAGCUUUAUCUGCAUAAUAAUAAAAUUAAUCAUUUAAGACAAAGCGACCGUUUUCUACCCGUUAGUCUAACAAAUCUAACUCUAGCUAAUAAUAACAUUGAAGAUCUGAAUGAAAUCUCCCAGUUAGUUAACCUCGUCAACCUCACAAGCAUCUCCAUUGCUAAUAAUCCAUGUGUUAACUUCGGUAACACCAAUAUUGGCUUUGAUUACCGUCCAUUUGUUAUUAACUGGUGUUUAAAUAUUAAAACUAUAGACGGUUAUGUUGUUGACGCUAUUGAAAGCUUGAGAGCUGAAUGGUUAUAUUCCCAAGGACGGGGGCGCCAUUUUAGGGUCGGUGAUCAGAAGGAUCUUGUACAAUAUUUGGCGAGCGUUUGUCCUUUAACUGGUGAAGCACUCGAAACUGAAGAAGAUCGAAAGUUGCGGUUGAUUUUGAGUAAGGCGCAGCAUCAUCAGCAGCAGUUGCGAGAACAGUCAAUUGAAUCUCCAAAUCCGUCACCUUCAACAAGGAAAAAAUUGCAUGGUGCAAAACACUCGCCCAGAUUAAAUUCUGCUCGAAUUGGCAAUAAGUUAAAAUCUCCAGACCGUAUGUCGUCCAGUUGUUACGGGACUGCAAACGUCAUGGAAAACUCUAGUAUUAUGAGUCAAAGUUUAGAUCCGACAAUCUUAAGACAAACUGUUACCCCAUCCAAAGCAUGCGGAGAUAACCAACCCAUCGUACAAGAACGAUGUUUAGACGAAGAACCCGUCAACAGUCCUCUCCAAGCCUUAUCAAAAAUGAUGCCGGUACCAGAAUCUUUGAUGAGCCCAGACUACCGUCCAGCGCCAAUAGUCGGCAAACCCAACGCAAACAGUUCGUUGGGUUCAAUGAACAUAAAAAAUAAACUGCCGCCGACAACACGGUCGCCUAAGUUGCCCAGAAGCUUACAGGCGAAAAACAGAACGCCCAUUAGCAGCGACGGCAGGAAAAGCAAUUCGUCGUCACCUGCUAGAGCCCGGAAAGUUAUCAACCACCAAAUCAAUUCCAACAAAGAAAAUUGCAACAAAACGUCUUCAAUUUUGCGAAAGUCGUUAAGUAGCGACGACGAGUCCGAGGUUUGCGUCUCGAAGUUGCAGAUGAUACAGAUGAGAGCUGAAGAGAAACGCUUGCAUCAAAAAGAUACGGAAGUUGUUAGCAAUAGCAGCGCUGAGGACAAGGUGGAACAAGCGGCUGUGUGCAUCCAGAAGGUCUGGAGAGGCUAUUUUACGAGAAACCGAAACAAAGAAGUGCAGGAAGUUUUUAGGACCUUGCAGGCGCAGAGGGCUAGUCAAUAUAUACAACAGUUGACGACAGAUAUGGAAACUACGAAAGCGGCUUUGGAAAGCGAGAGGAAGAUACAGAUGUUGCAGACGGAAGCUAUUAGCGCUUUGUGGAAACAGAUGUCGGCUUUACAGCCGGGCAGUGGACAAUCUAGUAGUGUUAACAUGACAAGUUUAUCAGCCGAUAACGCCGAAGUUGUUAAAGAAUUAGCUAAAACAUGUUCUGUUUUACAAAGCCAGAUUCAGCAACUGCAAAGCUCAAUGCAAGACAUCAUAAAAGUUAUGACAGUUUUCAGUCAGGCAGCUUCGAUUGCGCCACCUCUCGUCGAGAACGGCAUAGCCACUCAGACGGAAAUCGUGGCAGUUCACACACCUCAAGGUGAGGCCGGAAAAAACUUCCCCUUCCAAAAGCAAACUCGCCCGUCGUCGCUGCCUUUGCCGGUAAGUCAGCGCAAAAAGGACAGCUCGCACAACUCGGUAAACACCGAAUUACAGCAAUACGCCGAUAACUUAGUGGAUGGGGUUAUUAAAACCGUUUCAGAAACGAAGGCUGAUUGCAUGGGCGAAACGACUACUGAAAUCACGGUCACCGAUACCGCAAAAAGACAAGAAAUAGAGAAUAUGUCGAAUUAACAAAGUUAAUGUUAAGUGCUAUUUUUGUUAUUAAAUUAUUUUAACGAUAGUUUGGAAAUGCGAGAUUUCUUGGUGUGUAUAUUUAUGAUGUGACGCAACUAAUGUAGGUUUUACUUUCCACGUUUUUCUUACAGAAUUUAGCUUUAUUUCACUGACACGGUUAGCUUUCUUAUUGAAUAAGCUUUUCUUGUGUGCAUAAAGUACAAAAUUUCGUUGACCUACACCUUCAAAGUGAUGCAAUUUUUAAGCUUUAAUAAAUGUUGAAAU